ACCACCAUGAAGCCCGGAUAGUUAGUUCUCGUGCACUCUGGGGAAUAAGCACCAUGCACGAUGCAGCGCUGGUCUCACACGAUCCGUCACCAGGCCCACCAGUACGCACCUUCCUCUACAACAACGAUGCGCCUUUUUACCCCGCACCCCACGACAGUCUUCUCGACGACGACCCUCCGCCGUCCUAUGAAGAUACAGUUGGAAUGAUCGGUGCGCCGCCCGGUUAUGGCACCUUUCGACCCUAUACAGAAGCGUCCUCAAUAGCAAGCAGUGAGGUUGAAUCCAGUGAUCGCGCACUACCCGAGUGGGUUGGCCAGGGUCUGGUUGUGUUCAUCUUCACUUCCAUCAUCUACGGCUUUUGGAGGUUUAUCAACGCUCCCGACGACCUCUCGCCCAUCGACGGUUGGCCUGGACCUCCUCCGCCACCGUGAAGCUGCAGGUCGACUUCAGCGCCAACUUCGUAUACAUGUCACACUCACGCACAUAUCAAUACCACUCUACGCCACCAGAGACUCUAGAAGUAGUGUCGUUAGCGCCCCAAUUUCGAGUAUGAUGGGAUAUGAUACACCCAAUGUGGUGUGAGAUGAUCAGAGGCAUAUCAAGAUAUGUGCAUUCAAUCAUAGCAGAGCAAGAAGUGUAAGAAGAGCUGGCAACUGAACCGCAUCAUCUCCCGAGCCGGGCUACCUACUGGGGUCUCCGACAUUUAUCUGUCUCCUACUAAUGUCAUCUGUCAGGGAUGGUGAUGCCGAUGUAUCUAAACAGUCCUCAUUCGUAUUGCAAGGAACAUACGAUGCUUUGGC